UGCUAUCAGAGUAAUCAUUAUAAUCUCUUAAAUAUUCUCAACCGAAAACUGAUAUUAUGGUUCCUGGUCACGGUCCUAAUUCCCUUCUAAAGAAUGCAGGGACUUUGACCCUUUGAGGAGGUUUUCAGUCUCUGGUCGGGACCUUGCCAGAUCCCAUGAAAGACAUGUCUUAUCCAUCGUCAUCUCUGCUUCUGUAAGCAUAGAUUAGAGAGUGAAAGCGCUUAAAGCAAAGUUGCUAUUUUCUGAGGAAGAUCGAUCAUCUUCUUCGUGGUGGGGGUCCGAGGUUUCCAUUUCCCUGCCUUUCCCAGGAACCCAACAGUGCCAUGGCACCGGCACGACUUGUGUAAUGAGAUCAAAGUGACGAGCUUCGUUCUGGUAUUGUUUCUUUAUGCUGCAAGACUCGAUCUUGAUCUGUCUGAGGGGUGGAGAUAUCGAGCGAUGCCUUGCUGUUGUUUGUUUCCAAAGCGCAGUAGUGGGGUUCCCUCGGUCAUACGAACAACAGAGGUCGAUGAAGGUUUCGGGCAUUCAGAACACGAGACAGUACCUUUACCAAGAGCUAUGCAGGGCCACUGAUAAUUUCAGUCCUGACAAUAAGAUCGGAGAAGGCGGUUUUGGAUCGGUCUACAAGGUAGUAUAAUCGGCCAUGAGGAUCCUCUUCGGUAAACCAAAAGUUGAUUUUUCUUUAAAUGUGCAGGGAGUCCUUCGAGAUGGGACUUUAGCUGCUAUAAAGGUACUCUCAGCUGAAUCGAAGCAAGGAGUUCGGGAGUUCUUGACCGAGAUAACAACUAUUGCAGAGAUUGAGCAUGAAAAUUUGAUUAAACUGUACGGUUGUUGUGUCGAAGGAAACCAUCGGAUUUUGGUCUAUGGCUACCUCGAGAACAACAGCCUCUCGAAAACUCUCCUCAGUGGGAAAAAUAGGGAGGUCGAAUUUUCCUGGGACACAAGGCGUGGAAUCUGCAUCGGGAUUGCACAAGGUCUUGCAUUCCUUCACGAGGAAGUCAGGCCUCACAUUGUGCAUAGAGAUAUAAAGGCGAGCAAUGUCCUGCUUGAUGGUAACUUCAAGCCGAAAAUUUCUGAUUUCGGACUUGCCAAGCUUUUCCCUUCCAACAUGACCCACAUCAGCACUCGGGUUGCUGGAACAACGGGUUAUUUGGCGCCUGAGUACGCUCUAAGAGGUCAAUUGACAAGAAAAGCCGAUGUAUACAGUUUCGGCAUACUAAUCUUGGAGAUUGUUAGCGGGAGACGCAACAUGUGGAAGGAAGCAACGCCUGAAGAACCAUAUCUUCUUGAACUAGCAUGGGAACUGCACAAACAGGGGGAGCUCUUGAGAUUAAUUGACAAGUCAAUGCAUGAAAAUUUUGACCCCGAGGAAGCCUGUAGAUACUUAAAGAUCGGUCUCCUUUGCACUCAAGAGAUGCCUAAGCUCCGUCCUUCCAUGUCUACCGUAGUCGAGAUGCUGAAGGGUGAGUUGGAUUUAGAAGGGAAGAAGAUAUCGAGACCAGGCCUAAUUACAGCGUUCAUGGGCCACAGAACAAUUUUGAAAGAUCGAGACAAAUCCAAGGACUCUUCUUGCACGAAAUCUUCUGGCUCAGGAAAGGCAGAGAACUCAUUGUUCUCGUCCAAAGAUGCGAUCACCUCAUUCGCCACAAUGACCUUCAACUCCAUUUAUGAUCGCAGAUAAAGACUCUCAACUAUAGUGAUCAUUAUUUUAGCAUCUUGUGUGCGAAGCUGCAAAUGUACGAAGUUCUCGGUAGAAUCUGAUUCUUGUUCUUACACGACUCUCGUGUUGUUGAUCCAUAAAAUGACUGUAGAGGAGCUUUAUAGAGUAUCUUAAAAAUUUUCUGCAUGAAAAAAAUUUAUGUAUCAAGUGUCAUGAACAAUUCUAAAGCAAUGAAGUGAUUGCAUCUCCUUACAAA